AUGCCGCGGCCAGUCAGCGUCUCUGAGAGCAUGGAGAGGGCCGGCACUGAGCAACAGAGCCUGGAAGAGGAUGAUGACGAUGACAAUGACAACGAUGAGUUCAGCUACACCUGUCCUUUGGCACAUUCUCCACCCCUGUGCAUGAGUUUGGGUGACACUCAGCUGGGCGACGCAGAUGGGCCCGUCCCGUUCUCAUUCAAGACCAGGCACCCCUGCACGGUGAAAGAUGACGGAGAGAAGAACAGAAUAUACGCCAAGAGGUUGGCCAGGCACACGUUGGAGCUCAAAGAGGAUGCUCAGGAGUUUGAGGAACCAUUUUACAAAGACUUGGAGAUGUCUGGCAGCCUGUCCGAGGAGGAGGACAGCAACUGGACCAGGACAUACCACCUUCCUGUGCACCAAAGGAAACACACGUCCCGAGCUGCCAGCGUGUCGCCAUGCGAUUCCUAUGACUCCUACCAGCAUGGUAUGGGCAGGCACAUGGGGACAGACCCGUUUUCCCCAUGGGCCCACCCCAGCGACCCACACGUCUCCAGCCCAGAGCACACCAGGGGAGCAGAGCCCCACAGGUGGCACGAGGAGUCCAUUGGGGACAGGGAGGUCCCCUCGCUGCAGGUGCCCUACAGAGUGCUGUGGGAGGAGAACAACAUGCUACGCAGGAUGGUGCGGAGCAUGCAGGGCUCUCUUGAGAGCCAGGUGCACAGCAUGUGGAGCCUGGAGUGCCAGCUGAAGGCCAGCCUGGCCAAGGAGGAGAGGAGGGCCCAGGGGCUGCAGGCCCUCAACCAGCAGACGGAGCGCAGCCUCCACCUCAUGACCCAGCGGGCUCUGGAGGCGGAAAAACACGUGGAGAAGCUGAAGCAGGAGAUGCUGCUUCUCCAGGGAGAGCUAGAGUCCUCCAAGGUGGAGAACGAAAGCCUGAGAGUGGGGAAGAGCAUGGACCCGGAGGCGGUGAAGCACGACGUAGAUUUUGCCCUGAAGAACCUCCAGAAGAUAAUAGCAGGUGCAAACCGGUCCAUCAAGCAGCUGGUUGCUGGGACGGAGUCGCUGAAUUUUGUUGUUGACAUCCUUAAAUCCACAGGCAAAAUUUCUGAUGCUGAAGCAGAGGAAGACCAAUGA